UUUUGGCCAAAAUUUCUUUUCACUCUCAUUGAGGAAAAAAAUUUCUCACAGAUUGCUCAAUGGACGGUUGUGAGGAAGGACAGGGAGGGGGGGAUUUUUGGGUGUUGACGGGGGAAGGGGGGGCAUUAAGAGCCCCUCGUAAAAAUUUGUCAAGCGCGGGGUAUCCGGGAGAAAAGGCGGAUGAGGUAUAAAAGCCCCAAACUAUGUACAGGUGGAUGUUUAGUUGGAAUUUGUAGUGCAUUGGUGGCGGUUCCGUUUGUUGCUUGAGCCGUGUGUGUGAUGAUGAUGAAGUGUUUAGUGGUUGUGAUGGCUUUACAGCUGGGAGCCCUGAUGGGGGGCUCCUGGGCUGAUGAAUACAUCGAUAUGUGUCCGUGUUUGCCUGUUAAUAUGUGUCGUGGUGUCUUCCGGGCAUCUCCUGAGGAUGAAAUGUACUUCUCACGUGUCCUCCAGUGCCCCGAUGAGAUGAAUGUGCGUUGUUGCAAUUUUUCCGUCACAAUUGCAACGGAGGCAUCCCCCAAAAGCAGCAGUAGUAGCCCUCAAGACGUCACCACGGAGAUGGAUACCAUUAGUACGGGAGAUUUUACAACGGAACUCCUAACAACGGAGGAUGUUCGCUUUGACCGGGAAGAAGAAGAAGAUCAAACAACCACUGAAACGUCCACAAUUGAGAAUCGAGCAAAUGCCAACGGGGUCCUCGUUAUCUAUCCAACAGAAAUGACCGGGAAUGCCACAAAACAAGACUUUCUGCGUUCCUUUGAUGGGGAUUCCCCCGAAAAUGAACUCAUCCUCGUCUUCCCACAAGAAUCUCCGCGGGAAACACGUGCCACGGCCGCCGAUGAGGUGGACCCAAAUACAACCCCCCAAGUCCCCAAACAAGUCAAAAAGUAUCGCUACAGCAACUCCACGCGGAAACGCUUCAUGCCCCUGCUGAAGAUCAAUGAGACCCAAUCGGAGACAGCGGCGCACACCGAUGGGAAGCCAAUCUUCAAGGUAACCAACAGCGAUAAUAGGCGCUUCCUGGAGGAGCUCUAUCGCAACAGGACACGCUUUGGGGUGCCAGCAUCGCAAAUAACCACCAGUGCCACCCCAAUUGAGGUGCACGAUGUCACGCAGGAAGUGCAGAGGAAGACAACGCAGCAUCCAACAGCACCACCAAGGAGGAAUUUAUUCUACGAUCCGACAAAAAGGAAGAAUUUCCUGCGGAAGAAUACGAAGGAAGCCGCAGAUGGAUCAGCCAUUAAUCUCGUUCAGAAUUCCAGCAAUAAGCAAGCUGUGGACAUCAAUCAUCGUGAGAUGAUUCAGGAAGUUCUGAGUGAGCUGAAGAAGGAGAGUAGCCAGCUGGCGGUCUCCAAGGAUAUUGUUAUGGAUCCCAAAAUGGCGGCAAAAAUCGGAAAAAUCCAAAAGCGUCUCAUUGAACGAAUUGUCGAUACGAUUUCCACCAAAAUGGAGGGAAGGGAUGAUUUUGAGGAGAUCACAGCCACCACAAAGCGCGAGCAAUCGCGUCCCUUCCGUGGCUCCCUGCGCUAUGUGGAUACACUGAAGAAUGGGCGUGUUGCUGCACCACGGGAAAAUCUCCCAGCGGAAGGAAGACGUCGCCCGCAGAAGCAGACAAAGGGGGUGAAAGGUGGGAAUGAGGUGCUGAAGAAGGAAUUCAUUGGGGAGACUUCCCUGCCAAUUGGCUUCCGUCCAUCACCCCUGUGGACGCUACAACGCAGCGAGGAUCCCUUCCCGGUGCCUCUGGUGUCGUCCACACCAGCCGUACCGCGUCGGGAGUCCCGGGAUAUUGUCACACCGACUGAAACAUGGAGCUACCGCGGGCAUGGCUUUGUGCCCAUUCCUCAAAUCCCCCGAACAGAACCAAUUCAAAUCAUCGGACCCAUUCCAAAGGGAUUCACGCAUGUCCGGACAACAACUGAAGCCCCCAGCGAGCUGCCCGUUGAGGGGGUACCACCCAACUUUCGACGCUUCACCGGGAAAGUCUUCAGUCGCAAAUAACGCGGCGGCAUGAAGGACUCUCCAUUUAAUUUAUUUAUUAGAAAUUGUUGAAUUUGUUAUUUAAGAAUGAAAUGUGUAUGUAGCAUGAAUUGAUGAUUAAAAUGGAAAAGGACAGAGAA